UAUAUGGAUCCGUACGAACACGUAAACCGGUCUACCUCUUCGAAAUAAUUCCUUUUGCUUUUGCUUUUGCUUCUUGUCAUCAUAAACUGGUUUCAGUAUCUUGAGUAAGCAGAACUUGCUAUUAAAAGGCAGUAAGAGUAGGUGAUUUCUCAACCUAAGUAGAACUAUGGCAGCCCCUCCACAAUGGAUGCCCGCACCGCAGGUGGACCCCAAUUGCCCCAAGGGCUUGGAAUAUUUGACGCAAAUCGACCAAUUGGUCGUCAAACAACAGGUUGAGUUGCUUGAGGCCUUCACAGACUACGAGGGUGCCAACAAAUACAACAUCUUUAAUACGUUGGGCCAGCAAGUGUACUUUGCUGCAGAACAGUCCAAUUGUUUGGAAAGACAGUGCUGCUUGAACGCCAGGUCCUUCGAGAUGCGUAUAGUGGAUAACCUUCAAGCCGAAGUCAUGAUAAUCAAACGUCCACUGCGCUGUACUUCAUCUUGCUACUGCUGUGCAUCUUGGAGACAGUUCAUGUCAGUGGAGAGUCCACCGGGCAACACAAUCGGUUAUAUCCAAGCUGAACUGUCUUUUGUCAACCCCAGCUUUCUUAUCCUAGGACCUAACAUGGAACCGCAGCUGAGAAUUCAGGCACCAUGUUUUGGCCAUGGCUGCUGUACAUGUGAACCCAAGUACAAGGUCCAAACGCUCGAUGAGCAAGAGAUUGGCCUGAUCCAGAAAAAAUGGUCUGGCUUCGCCAAGGAAGCGUUCACGGAGGCCGACAACUUCAGCAUCAAUUUCCCAAUGGAUCUGGAUGUGAAAGUGAAGGCCGUACUCAUGGGUGCAUUGUUCAUGAUCGACUUCCUCUACUUUGAAAAGAGCUCGCAUGACGACGAUAGUGGUGGCUACUAAGGUCCGCUAGGACAAAGCGGUUGAAACAGAUACUGCCUACUGGUCUUGAGCGACUCCCAGUGACCUACCUGUGCCUAGCUAACCCACAGACACGGAACUGACCCACCUAAGCAGACUUGAUCCGGCUAACAUGAGACCAAUGGACUUGGAGUUAUAAAGUAUACACUGACUUGUUCUCUUAUAGAUUGUAACAGAUAAUAUUUGCAGACAGGGAGUGAGAAGGAUAAUCCCCACAUCGACUCAUCUCCCUGAUAUCCUCAUCCUCCUCCUUCCCCAUAGCCCGUGGAAGAAUUCCUAGCAGCAUAGUGAGAUCAUCAACGUAUCUGUUAUGUGUUAUGAAGCUUUCAUUAAAUUUUGGUAACUAUUAGGUUUUACAGAGUGUAAAUCCGGUGUUGCGUAACCGUCACUAAUCCUGAGCCCGCUGUCGAUCAGCCACUUCUUAUCUGCUAUUCCCAUAACGUCAUUUUGUUUCCCUUGUCUUAGUUUGCUUGCUUCGUCCAUUAUUGUUACGAGUAAGUAGAUGUGAUGUUUAGGAAUGAUUUCGGUUGCGUAAUCAAUUAUUAUUUUCAAUAGUCCUCCUCUAAUCUCGUCUUCUCUCCUCUCUCUCUCUCUCUCUCUCUCUCUCUCUCUCUCUCUCUCUCUCUCUCUCUCUCUCUCCAUUGUUUGUGUGUCUCUUCCUCUACGCUUCUCUUUGUCUUGCUUCUUUUGUCACAUUAGAUCUCUCAGUGCCGUGUGCUUUGCCCGAUCAAA